AUGUUGCUGCCUCGACUACAGCAGCCGCGCUCCAGUCAUCAACAACUUCAUGCUGCUGCCCUGACCGAAGUCAGCACUUCCGUUGCGACACCAACAGCCGGAUGCAAGGCUUCAACACUCCAGCGCUCAAGCACGACCUCACUCGACAAGAAGCUCCAUCAAGUCUCUUCAAUCAAACGUCGCUGGUUCCAACUUUCAAGCUCCAGGAUAACGACUUGUGGAUGGAGUGCGGUAGCCGUGCCGUUCGCAUCCGUUGUUUCUUUGGCCGCUCGACUGCUGCGCGAUGAGCCACUACUUGAUGGAGCCGACACCCCUGCACGACUUCAUGAGCAACCUACAAAGCGCCUACACGCCAUUCUCCAGUUUAUGGACCACUACUUGGGCUGCCGCGAGCCGUUCGGUCGACAAGUCCACCUCUUCUUCUGGGUGCUUGCGACAAGUCCAAAUCCACCGCGCCGUCAAGCUGCCAGCGACAACAUCAUGCUGCCGCCC